AUGUCCCGCCCAAAGCAGUGCAAAUCUCUGACGUUGGAGAGAAAAGUCGAGCUAAUCAAGGAAGUAGAAAAGGCAGGUCGAAGCAAGUCGUGCAUCGCCAAGGAAUUCGGCAUCCCUUUGUCAACCCUCUCGACAGUGCUCAAGAACCAAGAAAAGGUUUUGGAAGGCUUCGAGCAAAGCUUCUCAAGCAAACGGAAGCGCGUUCGAGCGUCCAAAUUCCCGGACGUCGAAUCAGCACUUCUGUUGUGGCUCCAAAACGUUCGAGCAGCCAAUCUUCCCGUGACAACCCAAAUGAUGAUGGAAAAAGCAGACGCUUUGGCACUGCAGAUGGGUCACGCGGACUUCAGCUGCAGCAAUGGCUGGUUCGAGCGGUUUAAGAAGCGAAAUAACGUGUCAUCGAAGCCUAUCCACGGCGAAAGCGGCAUUGUCGACGAACAGGCUGCAGACGCAUGGCGCAACCUACGCCUCGCCGAGCUGCAAAAGGAGUACGCGGACAAGGACAUUUUUAACCUCGACGAAGCCGCUCUCUUUUACAAAAUGCUGCCUAACCGCACAUACACACCAAAAGGCGAAGCGUGCUCGGGCGCUAAGCAACGCAAAGACAGGAUAACCAUUCUUUUUGGUGCCAACGCUACCGGCGAUGAAAAGCUGCCCCUCCUCAUUAUUGGCAAGUCGCUUAAUCCCAGGUGUUUCCGAAAUGCACGGCUCCCGAGGGAUGUGACAUACCGCGCCAAUAAAACGGCCUGGAUGACGGCGGCGCUUUUCGAAGAGCAUGUCCGUGCGCUUGACCGGAAGAUGGCAAAGGACGGUCGGAAAGUGUUGUUUGUUGUGGAUAACUGCCCCGGUCACGGAAAAAUCGACAACUUGGCGGCUGUUAGGCUGGAGUUCCUGCCGGCGAACAUGACGUCCGUUCUCCAGCCAAUGGAUCAGGGAGUCAUUGAGAUUGCCCGCAAGUAUUAUAGGAAGAGCCUGCUGCACCGAAUUCUGCUGUCAUACGACAAUGGGAAAAACAUUGUGGAUUCGUGCGAGAGUGUCUCCACUGCUGGCGACUCCACAUCCUCGAUGAAGAAGAAUGCAAGCUCCGUCGACGACGACUUCGAGCGCUUGAACCCAGCUACAACCUUCGCCGAAUUCGUGGAGGCCGACGACGACGUUGCCAUCUGCAGCGAACUGUCGCUGGACGAUGCAAUUGCGGACCCAGGUGGAAAUGUGUAA